UACACACACACAUUGUUAAAUCAACAUAUAUACGCAGCUGGAUAAAGCGAAAAACGGGAGAGGAUACACGAAAUCAGCAGCGCAAAACAGUGCGGACAAGAAAGCAGAUGUACAAGAUAACGUGGAUUCGUGAAAUAAGAAAUAGAUUUUUGGAACAAGGCGGAAAGAAAAAAUCCCAUACAGCACACAGAAAAAAGUACCAAAACACUGAGGACUGCGAAAAUUGUUGCAAGCGGAGGAGAGAAUGGACAAAUGAAGGAGAGGAAAGGGGAGGAAGGAGGGAAAUAUUCAUCAUCUUGUUUUCCAUCGCCAAGCUCGCCGGGCGUAUAGCUUCGAGUGAAAUAAAUUAUUCAUUUUGCUCUCCUGCCGCCUGGCCGGUUGGUGAAUUGGUGAAUGGAAAAUAGCACCAUAUGUACAAAAGGACGGGACGGGGGGAGAGGACGAGGUAGUGGAAAAAGCGCAAAAUAGGAUUUGUCAUGUCGGAGUUGGUCAAUGUUGUUUGCAUCGGACGGAGAUACAAAUCUUGCUGAUGGACAAUUCUGGCCGAAACCAUGCUCGGCGUGUGUGUGUUUUUCCGUGAUUUAUGGUGCUGCGCGGUUGCUGCGGUGGAGAAGAUUGACUACCGUCUCCCAAUGCCAUAAAAGCUAUGAUGUGAUGAAGGUGAAUAAUUAAUAGAAUGUGCAGCAAUGAAGCUUGCGUUUCGAUACAGUAUGUGUGUUUGUGUGUAGCUUUCUUCGCUUCGGAUGAGCAGAUAACAUUGUGAAAGGAAAAUCAGGUUAACGAGGUCUCGCAAGAAAUACACGCAGCGUAAUAAGACUAUUAUUGUGAUAGGUGGUAUUAUUUUCCACAGGAUGAGACAUUAUCAAAAUGAAAAUAAAACCAGUUCAUAUAAAUGACACGUUGCUUGAGAUAUGUGCGCUUUGAUAGAAUAGGCAUCGUAACCACAGUCAGCGUGCCUGUACGUCAUUUGCACAGGUCGCAGGCUUUAUUGCAAUGCCAGUUUGAAGGGUGUUUACGCUAUUUUUCCACCGAACGAAAGUAACACUACACGUCUCGAAAUAGGUUCCCGUCAUGGUUUUGCAGAACAAGCACGACACUAUCGAAAAACCAUACCCACACCAGAAAGAUCAAAGGCUAAUCUGACGGCAGUGACACGUGUUUGAAUUCUCGAAAAGGUUAUUGCAGACGAAUGGAGCGCUGGAGCGCGCAUGGUGCUUGAAAAUAGAGCGCACCGUUUGGAUCGUAUUUUAUCGGGGCCACCGAAUGUCACCGCGGCUGGCGAGGACGGUUGCAAGCGAGCAGAGCUCUCGUUCUGCAACCCAGAAGCCAUGAUAAUCUGCUGUUGGUGCAUGGUUCAAAUUUAAAGCAUUACCUCUGUGGGAAGCCGCUACGUUUUACAUUCCGCAGCUUGAUUGUUGAUAGCUGGUGCGAUGCUCCCGACGGAAAUGAUACAGAAGAAACUGCUGCUCACUGAGUUAUUCCAUGAGUUGUGUAAAUAAAUACUCUUGAGGAAAAAGCAAAAAAUGAAAAAACGAACGCAGACGCAAGUUUAAUGGAGAAUUUUCCUGCACAAAAUAAUGCAAGCGCUCUAGCAGAUGCUUCAUUCUUGUAGCUCACUUAGUAGAAACUCUCGCUUGUGGGUGCUUUUUUGUAGCUUCAUCUUCUGCUGGCGCUGCCAUUGCUGUGGAAUGUAGUGAACGGUAAAGGUAGUAGCGUUGGAAUGGAUCGGUACUUUCUUACGCUUAAAAACUUGGCAGCAGCUUUUUUCCCUUUCUUCUCACGCUCGAAAGCUUAGCGCACCUUUCACUAGCUUCAUUUUCUCGCUCGAAAACCCGAUCCUCUUUCAGCGUAUUUGACACAAGAAUGGGAGCACAAAAAAAACUAAAAACAUAAUGGGAAUUUAUUAAAGAUUUACAGCAUGUCUACCAUUCAACGUUCACUCAUGAACAUGCCGUGCUUGGUCGGCCAAGGGGAGGGGAUGUGGAGAACAUUUUACGCAAGGAUGUCGAAACAUUUAGCUUUCAUCUUCGGAGCGAGAAAAUUAGAACGGAGAUGAUGCAAGCUUUCGCCAGCUCUCGGGCGGGGUUUUUUUUCCCGGGAGUUUGCUUAUUCCACGCGCUUCGUACUUGAUUGGUCCUUGUGCGGCUCCGGCUGCGAGUCGAGUGGCCGGAGCAGUUUGGUGCGGAUCGCAUUUCGCUUAAUCUGUUCCGGAUAGUAGUGGCUCAUGCUCAUGCUCAGUGCCCUUUUUUGUUGUUGUAAAGACUCUGUUCCUCAUGUACGCUUUCGGUAUGCUUCGGGGGAAAAAUGAACCGAUGGAUUAAUACAUUUGCUGGAAUUUAAUAACUUAGUUUUUUCUUCAAUCGAUGCUUUACUGCCCUUUCGUAAGGGAUGCUUCCGUACUGGUGUACUCACUGAUGUUCCUCACGGUGUAAUCGAAGGGACCGGUAUUGGGUCCACCGCUUGUAGCAGGAAGCGAGCAAAUAUGUGAAGCUAGUUAUUAAAAGCUAUUGAUGUAGUAAAACGGAUCAAAUGAGAAUCACUUCCUGUGCCCUGAGGAGGAGUAGGACGGGAAUAAAGUAUUUGUAAUUUGAAAGAGUUUGUGUCAUUGUCUGUUACACAAUUUGAUGGAAUGAGUCGGUUGAACAAGUUGAAAGCAAUGCCUUCAAAUCGUAAUACUAUCACUCCUAUCACAAAGCUACUUUCCUUGCAGAGAGCCACAAGUAGUGAAACCAACCAACGACGGACAAUACUAAUAAACAUCCGAUCUAAUUGUUUGCUAAUUGUGAUCGAUAGCUGUUGGAUCAGUUGCAUUUGCGUUGCGACCGUAAGAUAUCGUUUGUAUCGAUUCAUAAUUUGCUCUCCAGCUCGGCGAACGUACUGUGCAGCGUACAGUGUCACUUGUAAGCCACUGAAACGUGCACGGACAUGGACCAUCCAGAGGACUCAACUCGAUCGACUUCCGGCAGUUUGCUCUCCCUGAGUCUCUUCAGCCAGUACAGCAGAAAUCGAAUCCAGCCAUCCUUCCCGAAACCCCACUACGGCUGAGCCGAACGAGAAGCAUGAGCUGCCAGCUAUCGAAUAACGCAGACUGUGGGUUUGGGAAAGUAAGAACAGGCCAGCAUAACCAUCCGGCUCAAACAUAAUCCAUCCAUCGAUUAAUUAAUGUAUCUGGUCGAUUACUGGUCGUGAUACGGAAAUAUGAGUGGGCUCGUUGGUUGGGUUGCUGGAGUGAAGUUCGUUUUGUGAUCUUUGACCAUCUUCAAACAAGCAGAGCAGAGAGUGCACGGAUGUUGGCGGUACAAUGGUUGCUCGAUGCAACUAGCUCAAUGCUGUCUAUGGUAGACUUACCGAAAUACGCCCCACUUAUCCCGCAUUACUUCGAUCGAAGUCCGAAACGAAUAUUUGAGAGGAAACAACAAAACGAGGGCUGUAAAAUUGCUGUGCACUGUAGUGGCACAGUUCCCGAUCGGCAACGGCGCAGCAUUAGUGUAGUCUCCAGUGAUUUAUCACUUCCUGCGGGAAGUCCGCCGGUGUCCGAGGGUUUCUGGUACCAGCGCCUGCGGUCGACCUGCUAUUUGGGCACCCUUGAACGGUUUGCAUAAUGAAGCCUACACCUCCGGGCGGGGCUAUGUUUUUGGAGAGCAAACAAGGCUACGUCGGUGCUCGGCGUGCUCGGGCAACCGGGGCACCGGAGCUGUUGAAUACACCUACCCUGAAUAUAGGUUAAUUGCCGGUACACAGGUUUAGCUUUUGUCGCUCCGCAUCUUGAUGGGCCGAGCGCCUGGGCCUGUUGGGUGGCCCGCUCUAAUCGGAUGCAUCGAACGGAACACUCGCCGGACGGAUAGCCUUGACUCCCUUUUCUUAAUCAGUGCCUUGACGAUGGUUUCGGAAUCAAUAUUUAUGUAGCACACGUGCACCACCUGACAGCCGACAACCAUUUCGUCCACCGUGGACUAACUGCGGGCUAGAGCGCGUUACAUCACGGCCUCAAGGCAGAAUGUAGAACAUCCCUUUCCCCCUUUGCUGCUCGCCAAAAGUGUAACAUAUUUCAACCACGGUCGAAACAACGAGACCACUAAUGGGGCGAAGGAAAGGAGUAAUUGUGGGGAGGGAGUGUCUGCUGUCAUCAGCACAAAUCCAAAUGGCGCUGACGUUCGCGCUACAGACCCAGUCCACAGUGAAGCGAAGUACGGCAAGUUGUAAACCCGGUGGCAGUGCAUACUAGCGGUCCUUGAGCUGGUUUGAAUGGGGGUUGGAGGUGGAGGGAAAAGAGCGCCAAAUAAUAUCUGAUCGCCAUCGAUAAUGAUGAUAAAUUAAACUCGUAGUUAAUCGACUGCGAGAACUUGCGAAGCGUUUCUUACGCUACUGCCGGGCUAGCAAUAGAACGUGCUCUCGUAAGUCUCGCCUUGGCUCGUGUGGCCGCGCGGAAGAGACAUGGAAGUCGGCGGUGGUGGUAAGCGCGGUCGUAAAAGCACACGAAACCCGCCGGAAUGGGAAAACGGACGGUAUUAAUUACAAUUUGCCGAAGAAAUGGUGCUUGCAGUGCUCGCCCGGCGGUGGGUUUAGGAUGCUGUUCACACAUUUUCGUAGUUGAUUGAUGUUCUCUGGUGUGGGAUUAUCUGUGCAGCUAGUGGAGCUUACGCGCAGAUACAACUAGAAGGUCAGUAGUGCAUUAAAGUGUUGAAAGUUGGUUGCAUACUAUUGAAGAUAAAUUGUAAUUUUGAUGGAAAUAGAAAGCUUACUACUGUUUAUAUGGGGAUAUCAACAAGACGAUUUAUUGGAUGUACUUUUACUGUAGCUACGUCAUCGUAAUUAAAGGCAUUAUUUUGUUCUAAAAUCAUAACCCUUAUGUAAACUCUUUUUGUAACAAGUAUAUCAAGUUUUUACUGGUGCUGAUACUGUAUAUUUUUACAAACUGUUUCGCCUUCAGGGCAGUUGCAUUUCCCAAUCCAAGGUUUCAAAUUGAUGUGAUACGUUCUAGCUAUGUAUAACGUGUGGAAAGCUUAGAAUUUGCACUUCCUUUUUGCGGUAUUUAAAAGGAAUUACAUCUAUUGCGAUGAAAGUUUAAGAGUGUUUACAUGCAAGAAUAAAAUUCUUGUGAAAUUUUUUGUAAGUUAUUCUGAAACAGGCGAGUAGCUUCUUUAGUUAAGCAUUUUAGUUAAAAAUAAGACCGACAAGAAAGUGUAGAACUAAUAACCGUGUACAGAACCAGAAACUCUAAACGACUGAUAAAGCAUCAGUCGUAAUAGUGCCUUUGCCAGGGAUGCACAUCAAACGUCCCACAAAAGAAGGGUCAGAUUGUUGCCGUUUACAGUGCAAUUAGGUAAUUAUUUCUUCCUACGCUGCCAUCUCCUUUCCCACCCAAUUCCCAUUUCGCAUGAGCAUCCUAAAUGGAUAGGGACGGCACCGGUGUGCGUCGAACCGGUGUACUGCAGUGCGUGUCCCGUUCCCAGCGUGCGUUAGGCAGCAACGGUGAGGCAGAAAAUGAAAAGUGCCUGCCCGCCUGCGGUAGCAGGGGCGAUAAAUGGAGCCGCGAAGUGAACCCCGAACCCGCCGGGCCGGUUCGCCAGUGAAGGUGAAGAAAAAGUCCACCGCCAAGCACACGGUCAAGUUUAAGGACCAGGCACGGGACGACGUGCUGGUGGUGACGGUCGAGCCGCCGUCGCCGUCGCCCGGCUCGCCCGAACCGUCGCCCAAGACGGCCGUAACGUUUGCGCUUCCGCCGAUCACGAGCGUCUCGUACCAGCGGCCCAAAACCGGCGGUGAAAAGCCCCCGACCACCGAUACACGUGCGCUUCCGAAGGAGAAGGAUCUAACGAAACGGACGGCAAAACCGGCCGACAGCCAGCGGCUGGCCGAGGGAUGUACCUCGCUAAUGUACGCCUGCCAGCAGGGUCUUACCGGUGAUAUAUUGAAGGAGCUGCGACAAAAGCCCAGCGCCGUACAUCGACGUGAUCGGAGCAACAAAAGUGCCUUACACUACUGCAGCAGUGCGCAGGAUAUUGCUGCGGCCGCGAGCGUCGCCAUGGUAGCGCCCGAGUUGAUCGAGUCCGCGGACGAGGACGGAUUUACGCCGCUGCAUCUGGCGGUAAUACAGGGAAACCUGCAGCUGGUCAAUCUGCUGCUAGCAAACGGGGCGAAUGUGAACGCACUCGACAACGAGGGACACUCGGUGGUGCACUGGGCAACCGUGUGCGGCGAGGUGGAGGCACUGCGCGCCGUCCUGGCAGCCGGCGCGGAUGUGUCCACGCCGGACAUUAACGGGGGCAGCCCGCUGCACUAUGCCGCCCAGAUGUGCGGUGCCAACUACGAGGGCAAGACGGCACGCGCCUCGGCCAAGCUGGCGCUCGAGAUACUGAACACGCUCCUGAACCAUCCUGAUACUUCGGUGGAAGUAGAGGAUAAGGAUGGCCGACAACCGCUGCUGUGGGCUGCAUCCGCCGGCUCGGCCAAGGCUGUGCUGGCUUUGAUAAAAGCUGGGGCUCACGUCGAAAGUGCCGAUAAGGACGGACUGACCGCACUGCACUGUGCUGCAUCGCGGGGCCACACCGAGUGCAUCGAUACGCUGAUCAACCUGUGCGGCGCGCACACCGACCAGAUCGACUCGAACGGCUGCACGGCGCUGCACUACGCGGUUACGCUCGGGCAUGCCGAUGCGACGUCGCUGCUGCUGAAGCUGGAUGCCGAUCCGAACCGGCAGGACCGGAAGGGCCGCACGCCGGCCCACUGCGGGUGUGCAAAGGGCCAGAUGGAGACGGUCAAGAUACUGCACGCGAAGAAGGGCAACCUGUGGCUGCGGAACGCGAAGGGCGAUCUGCCGGUGCACGAUGCGGCCUGUUCCGGCCGCCGCCAGCUCGUCCAGUGGCUGAUCCAGAUGAAGCCGAAGCACAUCAACACAACGAGCAACGACGGGCGGACGCUGCUGCACAUUGCCGCCGGGCACGACAACGUGGACAUGUGCAAGCUGCUGCUGGAGCUGGGCGCCGACGUCAAUCUGCUGUACCGGCCGUCGUCGAAGGGGGCGCCACUAACGCCGCUCGAUUACGCGCUGGCCAAAGGGUACCGGUCGACCGCCAAGUACCUGCAGAUGCAGGGCGGCCUGCCAGCGAACAAGCUGCGGCUGUCCGGGCGCCAGCAAAAGAUCCUGCCCGACAUUGAUCGGGUGGAGCCGCUGAAGCUGACGGAGAAGGAAGAGCUGAUCGAUCUGAAAACGUCCAAGCGGUACAUCGUCUAUCUCAACUCCAACUCGGACAGCGAGUCGCAGGAGGAUCGGCCGCACCGGAAGAGCCGGCACAAGCGAAAAGGCAGCCACCGGGGUCGCCGCACGAGCAGCUGCAGCGAUACGGUGUACCUCUACCGGGACGGCUCGAACGACAUCAGCCGGUCGCGCAGCAAUGCGGAGCUGCAUCGCAGCGAUCAGCGCACGGGCAAGCAUCGCCGCAGCAGCAGCUCAUCGUCCGCCAGCACGAGCGGUUCGUCCUCGGACGGCUGCUGCCGGCACGUGCGCCGAAAGCACAAGUGCUACAAGAAGUGCUCCUCCAAGCGGUCCCACUCGCGCGACCGACACAAGGACCGCGAGCGGGAGGAGACGCGCGACGCACCACUGCCACCGGACGCGCUGAAGGAGUACGAGUUUAAGUACGCGGAGAAGAAGGAACCGGGGCCGCGCAAGCCGGGCGAGCGGUGCGGCAAGAUCAUCCUGAAGCAGGUGCACAGCGGCUCCUCGGAGAAUGAUUCCCCCGCGAACGGAGGUGGUCGGGCGGGACCGGGGCUAAAGUUUUCCUCCGAGCGGCGCGAAACGCAUCUCGGGCUGCCCGUGCAGCUGCAGUACGGUGGCGCUGGUGGGUUUGAUGCUUCCGGUGGUUUGAGCGAUUUUUUAGACGAACCCACGUCACCCCGAACGCCACCGCGGGCCGAGUUUAACAUCCGCAAAGAGUCGGACGCGAAGAGCGAGGGCAAGUCGUCCGACUCGAGCACGACGAAGAAGAAGAAGGUUAAGGGCACGGGCAAGAAGUCGAAGCUGGCCAAGACGGCCAAAAAGUCCGACUCGCCCAGCGAGGAGGAGCAGGCGAAAGUGCCGGCACCGGUCACCGAGGUGGUGACGCAGGCACAGGUGCACCCCGCGCCCGAAUCGAUGUCCAAGUCGACGGAGGACGACGGUGCGGCCACGGACGCCACGUACACGAUCGAGCAGCGCACCCGGUCGGACGUGGAGGGACUCAGCGAGACGGAAGAGCGUAGCGCGAAAGGGGCACUACCGCGCGUAACUAGCAAACCGAUGGCGGAAACGAUCCGCGAAGAGGUGCGCGAUGAACACGCGGUAGAGAUGGCGCAACAGCAGCAGCAGCAGGCGGUACGCAAAGAUCGCUCCAAGCUCAAAUCCGCCAAGAGUGACAGCUCCAAGAGCCACUCCAAGUCGGAGUCGUCCGAUAAGGAAGCGUCCAAAGUGCAGCAGAAACCGCCGGCACUCCCUUUAGAGGAACCGCCGGCCGCCCCGCCGGCCCCUCCUCCAUCACCUCCUCCGUUAGCGAAAGAGCCGACACCUGAGCCGGCACCCGAACCCAAGCCUGAAGCAAUCUCCGUCCCAGAACCGAAGCCGGAACCACAGCCAGCACCACUGCCACAGCAGCUAGAACCACUGCCCGAGCUGGUGGAGGAGCGGACAGAACCGACGGUCGAGUCGCAAGCGCCCCAAGGCCUGGAAGUGGACCGAGGCGGUGGAGGCGGCCCGGCCGAAGAUGAGCCUUUAAUAGCGGAGGAAUCACUGCCGCCACUGGUAGAGCCGGAAGAACCUCCAGCGCCGACGAAGCUGGAAGAGGUACAGAAAAGCACACCGGAGGAAACGAGCGAAAGUUCACCGUCGAAAUCGAGCGAAGAGACGGAACCGACAUCGGUCGUGCAGGAAGUCCCCGAGAAGGAGGAGCAAAAACCUGCCCCAACACCGGUGGUCGAGGAGCCACCGAAGGUGUCGGAAGUGGUGCCUCCGGUGGUGGAAAAAGCGAAACCGCAAGAGCCCGCGAAAGAGCGACCCAAGCUGCGCCGUUCGAUGGAGUCGAAGAUGGAGAGCGUUGAGGAGGUGACAGCUCCGGUACCGGCUGAGCCAGUGCCGCCACCGCUAGACCAGGCAAAGGUCGAUCAGACGCGCGGGUUUUUCGUCAGCCUGGACGGUACGGCUGAAGAUGACGAGAAGAAGAAGAAGAAAAUCAAGAAGAAACCGCGCCUGAAGGAGGACGAGCAGCAGGAGCAGCAAAGCAGCAAGGAUCAGGACUCGGGGUUCGAGCCGAGCCCGCAGGCGGUACGCAGCAAGCCGACCGUGUUCGAGCGCCCGACCCACACGGCCACCCUGCCGCGCCGGGCCGCCUUCUCGAUGGUGGAGGAGCGGGCGGCCAGUUCACGGCCGGAGGGCCGCAAACCGGGCGACAAGAACGCCGUCAACAUGACGACCGUCCAGCAGUCGAUUCAUCGUAACAUUCGAAGAUAUUAUAUGGAAAGAAAAAUUUUCCAACACUUGUUAGAACUGAAAAGUUUGCAAAUACGGUCGACGAAAGUGAACGAAUCGGUGCUGGUGAAGCGGGCCGUCGACGAUUACCACAAGUCCACGAUCGAGCUCGGGUACGAGACGGGCAGCACGCUCAAGCGCUACCCGUACACGGAGUACUCGUUCCGGAACUUUGAGCUCUUUCUGUACGACACGCUCAAGAGUCUGCAGAAGCGCGAGACGUACAAUUUCCAGAACAUCUCGGAGGUGUACGAUGAGGCGGAACGAAGGCUAAGCCCGGACGUGAGCCGCUACGAGCGUGCCCUGAACUGCACGACCAAAACACACCGCUGUCUUCAUGCGACCCACGCCUACACAGGCAUUCCCUGCGCUGCGUACAUACCGAUGAUGAACCAUCACACGAUACCGAAGCUCGGCUUCGGGCCGUACAAAUCGAGCACGUCCGGGGUGGGCAGCUUUUUCUUGCCGAAAAUCCUAACGCACCCGACGGACCGCAGCUGCACCGGAGGGAAGGUCGCACUCGAGCUGACGCACGGGAACAGCAAGCAGGUCAUUACACUGCCAUCGGAGAAGCUCGAUAGCAAUAAGCGUUACUAUGUUACGUUCACCCUAAAUCCGGACGGCACCACUGACGGUGAUACUCGUUGUUCAUCCACAGGCGACCCCGACCCUGGACGAGCAGCAGCAGCAGCAGCAGCAACAUCAGCAGCACAACCGCAGCAGCAGCAGCAACAGCAGCACCAGCGCCAGUCCCACGAGCAACCAUCAGAUACUGAUGCCCAAGAUAACGCUCACCCACAACGAAGUCAGCAGCAACAGCAGCACCAGCAACCUCAUCCUUCCCCAGUCGCGGAACGGCAACGGUCACCGGCUGUUGAGCCACAGUCGCAGUCCCGUGCCCUUCCCACAGUAGACGAGCGACGAUCCGGUGGUACCAACAGCCCGCGAGGCGCAACACCCGCCUAGCGCUCUCGGUGGGCCGGAAAGGUCCGUUCGCUGGACGACCUGGUACAAUAUUUAAACCGUACGGCGGUUGGGCUAGGAGCCAAUGAGAUUCCGGCACCGAGUUUUGAACCCGGACUGGAGCAUUGGAAAUUUGGAGGGCUUACCCGUAUGUGUGCGCGCGCGCGCGCGCGUGUGUGUAUGUUGUUUUUGGCUGUAAAUAUAUGACACUCUGUCUGUAGGCUCUUCCCAUGCCCAUGGGUGGGCCACGUAACGCUGUGCUGUCUGUUUCGAGUACCUUCCACAAGCAAAACUAAGCGAGAGAGUAAAGAAAGCAAACAAGAAACGAAAUCGUUUUCAUUCAACUUUCCCCGUUCCACUCAUGUGUGUGUGUGUGUGUGUUUUUCUUCUGUUUUCGUUCAUGGCCACUUGAAGAGGUCUGCCGAGCUGUACCACUGCUGGUAACUGCUGAGAAAGUAGACGAUAAUGUGAAGUAUUCUGUCGGAUUUUGUGUUUUAAGGGUCGUUAGCAUUAAUGAUCGUUCCUUGACCUGCGAGUGGUGGCAAUCACGUUCGUUCGUUCCAUGUCCUUGAGAGGCUUUAGUGCGUGUUUGAGGUUGAAGGUCAGUAUGUGACCCAUUAUACUUGGCGGAGUUCUUAGCCUCCCGGCCAAGCGUGCCCGAAUGUCCUUGACCUAAAUCGAAACUAAUUACAGCCUAUUUCACCCUUUUUUCCGUACACUUUCCCAUGCCUUCAAAGACUUUUUUCCCCAAGAAAAGGGGAACUAAAAUUGCAUACAAGCGGUGUUCCGAUAGUGUUCCGCAAAGCUUUCAGUCUAAAGCUUCCACAAGUCAGGCGAUUGCCGAUUUGAUAAUGCUGGCUCUUGGAGCCUGUGCUGGGUACAUACGAGUUCGCGUGCAAAUUCAUAAAAUGCAUGGUUUGAUGCACGCUACCGGCUGUUUGGCACUCAACACACGAGCAAAGCUCUACGAUUUCGGUAUGGACGAGUUUGUCUGCAUAAUAGUAUUUUGAUUCUCACGGUGCCUCAGCUAAUUAGCGACUUUACAAACGAGAGAGAGUGUACCGUAUUACACGAGCCUAUAAAAGUCAUUAUCGGUCCUUGCUAAGUUUUGCACAUCAAACAGAUGACUGGUCUCGAGCACAUCCUGCUCUUGGUAGUUGUAAUUACUGCUGAAAGCUCACUUAAUUCUACUUAUUUUUAUUUAAUGCCGAAUACCGCCAUUGCCCAGAAGGCAGGAGAAACGCCACAUGAAGUCUUCCGUAACAAUUGAAGAGAAAAGUGACGGAACACUGAACGAGACAAAGGACGGCAAAGUUUCAAAAUUUAAUUAGCUAUGCUUCAUCAUUAUACUACCAUGCGACUUCCAGCACACGACAUCGCCGUAGUCGCCUGUGUCGCGUGUGCAUUAUUAAUUACCGAUCGGGCGUUGUAAAGCUACGUCAUUGGCAUCUCGCGCGUGUAACAUGUACUUUGUCCUAGGAGCGUUGAAAAGUUUCGGGAAACACACCGGAAGUGCUGUACCCGAUGCUGAAAGUUGCUGAAUCACCGUUUGCUGCUGCUGCUUUACGUUGCUGUUGCUGCUCCUGCUGCUCCUGCUGCUCCUGCUGCUGCGUCUGAGGUUAGUUUUGCCAAAGUGGUAAACAUGAUGCUCUUACUAAGAAACUAAUACCAUUAAUGUAACAAAGUAGCUAAUAGAGAAAGCUAUCAUUUUCCAAUAGAUUUGGAGAGACAUCCUCAGUAUAAUAACUUCCAGCGAAAUCAGUGCUAGUCUUUGAAUGUCAUCGACUUGUGAUGCAGAUGAAAAGAGGUCGAAAUAAAGUGUCCUUGAUAUUUACAACCAUUUAUUGGAACAAAGGGAAAAAGAGAUACAGAAAACAGCCAGAGUGUGAAAACGAACUCAUCCGUUCAGUGAAAAGUGAUGUAAACAGAAGAGCAAUAUUGAAAUGAGACAAACGGUGCGUUACAUUUUGUAACUACUGCGAAUUAUACGUCGGGCGAGUAGGAAAUGGGAGUGUUGGAUGAACUAGAAACAUGAUCGUCUAGCGAACAAUGCGUACGUUAUUUUCUGUCAACGUUUUAGAUACCAAUUGUAGACUUUGUUGUAAAUAAAUAGAACAAACAAAACCAGAAA